GAUCCGUGAACAAACGACAUCAUCACCAGGACAGCGGCAAGAAGGACAAUCUGUGUCGCCACUCGUGGAAGGUUCUCUCCCCACCAAAGUUUCCAGAACCAGUGGAGCUGUCUCCAGAUCUCGCCCUUCUCUGGAUCCCCAUUCUCUACUGGCACGCACACACCUUCUGUGUUCUUCUCGCCCUCUCCUUUGCCCUUCCACCAGCAGUUCCAUAGACAGUCUUUACCCAUCCAGCCCUCUUCACCAAGACCACCUCUGGCAGAAUUAUCAGUCACUGCCCUAAUGUGUGACCAGGGUGACAAUAUAGGAGAUAUCCAAUAUAUAAGGGAUGAAGGGAACACGGCAAAAGAUCAUUUGUUUCUGACUUUCAAACCCAAGAAUGUUGAACCUGAGAGAGUACAGCCACCCACCACCCCAGAACCCGAAAAUGACACUACGCCUCUUCUGCGCUCCCAGACAACAAAAAAACCUGCCAUCUCCCCCACAUCCAUGGAGUCCACCUGGCCCCGUCGGCUAAUCGGAAGGAGGCGGACGGUGAGACAAGGUGGUGCAGUUCACAAUCUCCCAAUUCUCCCCCCACUCCCCUCUUUGUUAUUUCGAAGUGUCUCUGAUAAAAAGACUAUCCCUCGUCUUUCACCGUUCCCUGAACACCAGGGCAAUGUUGACCGUCAGCUGGAGAGAUCUACAUUAACCAGAGAAUUAAAGGACUGCUCGCUUCAAGAAUGGAAGAUAUUGCGGGAACAGGAGGAAAGUCAAAAUGAAAGCGUGAUGGAGGAUGCUUUAGAAGGAUGUAGCAAAAUGGCAGCAAUACAAGAGAGUGCAGAGCCAGUCACUGAAGAAAAACCCACUCUUGAGUGUGAGGAAGAGAACUGGGAGGCUGUGUUGGAGAUGGUUAACUCUCUUUGGGAUGAGACGUGGAAUGUAGAUCCACAAAGUGUUGGCUCUCUGAGGCGCUGGCCUCUUUUACAUCCUCCCUCUGGGUUUGGUGGCUCACAGGCUCCAUCGUGUACAAGUUCAGAACUGGGUGCUGAAGACCUGCUAGAGAUUGAAAGAAUGAACAGAGAGGUCGUGGAAAGCCAAGAUGACGAAGAACCAGAAUUUCAGUAUAAUUUACAAGCAUGUAAGAGUCAAACUAACACUGUUGUGACACAGCCAGGGGUACAUAAACUUAUUCAUACAAAGGUUCCAACCAGCUUGGAUCUUGCCUCCAUUUACGCUCAGAUGGAAAACAAAUACAGCCAUAGUGAGUCUCCAGACUCCGCCCUGACUUUAGACUCGGAAUCUAGUGGUAUCUACAUGUCCAAUCCCAGCCAAACCAGUAGAGAGGAUAUCACCCCUGACAACGAUAGGCCUCUGUCAGACGUAGGUCUAGGAAGUACUACAUCUCUUAGCCAAGAGGAGGAGAUGAUGGUCGAUGACAGAAAGAUUGAGACAUCAGUCCCAAAGGUAAAUAAAGUGGUGACUAUAUACACAAAACAACGCUCUGGACUGAGAUCUAACAGCGUAAUAGAGUCCAGAAGGCAAGCGUUGUGUAAAGAGAUUUCAACCAAAGCUGCAGAAAUAAAAGAACGCUUGAAGCCCGUUGACAAAGGAACCGUAAGCCAAGAGAUGCAUUACACUGUGAACACAUCAAAGAGUGAUGUGCCUUUGCCCCUGUCCCCCUCCAAACAUGAAGUUAAACAAAAUUUGUUAGGCAACACUGACACAGAUUCAUUCGUCGCAACUGACAGUUUCGUCUACCUGGCCGUAUCAGUGCCGCUUCCAUUCGCACGGCAAAAUGUGACCAAACCUGCGGUGGAGGAACCGUCACCACCAACGUCCUUUACGAAACCCUGCCCUUACCCUGACGAAUGUGACUUCCUCUCCACAGACAGUUUUGUUUACCUGGCUGCUCCGGAUUGCCACCUGCUGGUUACAGAGGGCCAUUCAGUAUACGGUGACUCAAAAGAUUCUGAAUCAGACGACAGCGGUUCUAAGGCUGACUUUGUUUUGGCCUCUGCGGUAGGAGGGGAUAGCGAAUGGGAUUCAGACCUAACCGAUUCUGAACCCGAGCCAAACUCUUCCAAGUCUGCGUGGGACUGCUGGGAGGAGCUAGAGCAAGGGGUGCUGCCGGAGCUGUUCGGUGAGGACCAAUCGGAUGCCGACAAACUGCUCCAUGGCAACCAAGCUCAGCAGAUUUGCUGCCAGCCUGGGGAGUUGGCUGCUAUUGCUGUACAGGAGAGAGUUGAGCUGGAAGAGGUGUCCUCACAGUGCACACAGGGGGCAGAGACCCACACUGAGGUGAAGUCUGUAUCCUAACUCUUAUUAUUGCACUGGAAACCUGUUGUAUUACAGAGCCUUUGGAGAAUAAUCUAACAGUCAUGAGAAAGUAUUUUUGGUUUUUGUUUGUACUUUCUCAUUAGUUAAUUAUGUACAUAUUAAAUCAAAAUAGUGGCUCCAACAUAACGUAAGAAAUAAAAAGUAAGAUUUGGAUGUUUUCUUGAGUGUUAAAAUCCAUUUUAUUGAAGCACAAUUUAGGUAUUUUUAGCUGCAUUUCCGUUGUAAAGUUUAUGUCACGGUGGACAGCUUUAUGUUACGUUGAACAAUAUUUGUGUUAAACUAUAGAUCUGGCUAUGUAUAAUAGGUAAUCGUUGAUGCAAUAUGACUUUUCACACAUCAAGCAUACAAGCUUAAACUGUGAAGCACACUACAACAUAAUGUCAGUAAUAGAUACUCUAUUUGCUGUGUGCUCUAUUUAAUGGUGAAUGUUUGAUGUUACCGGGGUAAUUGAAGAACUGAUGAUAGCUAAAGUAUUGAAUGACUAUGAGGAUUGAUGUGAAAUUAUGACCUUGUCUUUAAAGGAACAGUUCACCCAAAAAUGAAAAUUCUGUCUUCAUUUACUCACCCUCAAGUUGUUCCAAAUCUGUAUACAUUUCUCUGUUCUGAUGAACACAGAGAAAGAUAUUUGGAAGAAUGCUUGUAACCAAGCACUUCUUAGCCACCAUUGACUACCAUAGUAGGAAAAUUGCUUUAUGCAUUUCUUUGUUCUGUUGAACACAAAAGAAUAUAUUUCGAAGAAUGUAGAAAAGCAAACAGUUCUGGGUCACUUUUGACCAUACCAUUGUCAUUCUUCAAAAUAUCUUCUUUUGUGUUCUGUGGAAGAAAGUAAGUCAUGCAGGUUUGAAAUGAGUAAAAGAUGACAGAAUUUUCAUUUUGAAAGUGAACUACUCCUUUAAGAAGCACAGAUAAUGCUUGAUAUGCUGUACAAUGUUUAUACGUUGUUUUAAAAAGCAAACUGGUCAGCAGGGAGUUUAUACAUUUGUUAACACAAAUCCAUAUUUUACACUGGACUCUCAAUAAAGGAUCAAAGCAAACGUCUGUUUCCUCUUC